GUUGGUGCAAAUGGAUAUGGGUUUGCCAUUAACAACAAUGGCUUUGUUUUGUUCCAUCCAGCCCUUGACAAAGAGGUAAAGAUAAAAAUAUAUAUAUUAUUAAAAACUGAUGUUUUGCAGUGGUAGCAGGAAAGGUUAGGACGCACUAGGUGAUAAGUCUGCAAAACGUCCCAGUAGUGCAGAGCUUUCAGAGGUGGCUGUACUCGCAGGCUAUAAGUUGACAUUUCGCAUCGACAAUAGACCUUUUUACCGAUACGGCCUCCAUAUUGAAUUAAUAAGAUUUAAGGAGUAUUAGGGGAUGCCCAGGGGCUUGGGGGGGGGAUAUGAGCACGAUCGGAUAUACUCGCUCUGUAUUUACGCGCACUUUUUUUCCUAGAAAAAGAUUGUAAUACCAUUCCCCGCGUGUGACCUGUCCUUGCGUGUGCAGUUCCCGCGUGUGACCCGUCUCCGCUUCAUGUGAGCUGUCCUUGCGCUAGACUAGACCCUGCGUGUGACCUGUACCACAUUGUACCCCAGCGACUCGUAGUCUAGUGGUGCCAAUACGGAAGAACGGGGUCUUCUUUUCAGUUGGCUUUAUUCUGUAUCCCACAGUUACUGUGCCAAGGUGUAUAAUAAACUAUGUAACCUUCUUGUAAGCAACAAAAAUCUCCUUAUUUGAGUUAAACGUCUGAUCUACGAAAUGAAUUUUUUGUAACUCUACGAAGUAGUAUCACUUAUUGACUGGUUCCUCGAGCAGACACUGGUCCUUUGUUUGACGUAAAUUACGACGAGGAGUUUCUUAUCUUCACUCAUUGCCUUUCGGACCAAUGAGUAACUGUUUAGUUGGUACAGCAAGAUGAAAUUGUGUUAUUUGUCCUGUCGUACUUUAUUUGUUUCUGUGAGGUUUAACUUGUAAAAAUGCACACUCUGUUUCAUUAUUUUUACCUUUUGCCCUCUGCAUGCACAUUUUCAAGUUUUAACUGGACUAGUGUAAUUUAUGCACCUCACUGCUAAUCUUUUAUUUAUUUAUUUAUGUUUUCUUUUUUGUUACGUUUUGUUUAAGUGGUUAAAGAAAUAUUGUGAGCCAGCUAAUGGAUCGAAGUUGGCGGAUAAGUUUGUUGUAAGUUUGUCACUUGCUGCAUGUUGACUCAACUUCAGCUUAGCUGAUGGUAUUCUUUAAAUGUUCGUUUAACUUAACCAAUCUCGUCUAAAGAUUUUAAAUUUGGCAAUCAAGGCGGUGUACGCAAGAAGGCCUUGACUGGCUUAAGACAAUUUGCGGAAAACGACAUACUGAUUCGAUUGGUUUUUAUUCUAUUUCGUACCCGGCAAUCAUACCUGGCUCACAAAUGCACAAAAAGACAUCUUAGUGAUUCAAAAGGGUUUAUUUAUACUUACAAACAAAUAUAGCACGAAAAGAAUCCUAGGGCUUUUGAAAAGAAACAAAUCCAAGAAGACAUGAAAAAAACUCCGCACUCAAUGUUACGUUGUUUAUGAUUUUGCUUGGGGCCUCGAUCCACGAUUCGUGAGUUUAAAAGCAUGCAUAUAUACAGCAUGUCUCAAUGAAAUGGACCAUUAAUCAACAUGGACUGCAUGGUUAAAAUCAAUUUUACUUGGUAGUUUUGAGAAAUAGUCGAAGGAAAACCGUUUACUAUUAUUUUAAUUUGGAAAAUCUCUAACCCUCGCACGUCAUCUUGAUGAUAUUUUUUUGAAGAGAGGGAUCUUCCUUUAAUCCCGGACUCAAAGUUACAGAAUGCUGAGGUAAAUAAAGACUUCCUAGAGGAGUAGGGGAGUUAAAACAUGCGGACCAGCGGCACUGAGUUACAAUUAUAUUGCAGGGAUGCGAUGUAUUAAGGCUUCGUAUGCUAAUUUUAAAGAUCUUGGGGCUUAAAAAUAGUCUAAAGCACAUGCGUAGUAGUUCUCUUCCUGCUGCCAGAGGAAUCCGUUUGACAACAUGUAACAAUGUUUGAACAUUAUGUUGCACUCACUACUUUAGAAAUCCGACACGCGGCGAUCUUCUGCACUCACACUAACUUCCUUAAACCUUACAGACCUUCAUUAGACCUUCAUUACCAUCAUUACAACUUCGUUACCUUCCUUUAAACGCUACAUGCUUACCGACUCUAUUCCUGUGGCUUUCAACAGGUCAUAUGUGGCAAACAUAAACAUGUUAGUAUUAAACUAACCUAAUAAUGGCAUUUGAUUAUGAUUAGUAGAUACCUGCAAUUAUAACGUAAAGUAAACUCGCAAUACUUUUCCUGAGAAGAGUCGUAAAAUGGUUCUAAUAAGUGUUUUUUUUAUGUUAAUGUUAAAGCAUAAAUCAUUCUUCUUACCGCACAGCAAAGCCACGUUACACUGAAAAGUCUAAAAUGGCUCGUGACGAUAUUUCCGAUGUUGUAAAGAGCCUUAAUACUGUGAUAAAGAUAUUGUGUCAGAUCCUCCCGCCCUUACUACUCUGAGGAAAUAAAAAACGAUUGUCUUAGUCUCAAAGCAGAAUUGAAACAAUGGUUUCGUGUUGUGCCUGCUUAGUGGUUCACAAUACAGGUUAAUGGAAUACUCUUUAGGAUUCGGUUCUUGCUAUUAAUACCAUCCUGGACAAGAAUUUGAAAAUUUUUAUAUUGUUCAACAACUCCAUAAGCUAUUACUUGCUCAAAGCCUUGUUAAUUGACAAUCAGGUUUCAUGGUUUCAUUUAUAUUUCCUCUCUGGAUGCUAUGAAAUAAUCCCAUUUUUUGUCUCGCUUUUCCUGAUUCAUUCCGAUACAAAAUGCUGCGCAUUCCUUUCCUUUGGUGCUGUAUAAGGUGCUUUUUGGUUUAAUCAGAAUGAAAUUUCGUGGUGUAACCAUUCGAAGAGAAGUCUCCCUCGCAGCCGUUUUUUGGAUGUCACCCAACACUCCCCCAAAAGAGAGGGGGAGCGUUGUGUGACAACCAAAAAACCGCUGCGAUGGAGACUAUUCGAAGAGCUACUGUGCAAUGAACGCUUUUGAGAAUUACCAGAAGAGCAUGCAGCAUACUGUUACUUACCAAAAUGCUAGACGAUGAUAGGAUAAAAUGGCAAAAUAAAUAGUGACGUGUAUUUUGUACUUCUGUCUAUUACUUUAGAAAGAUCCACCAAAUAUUGCUUUGGAUGAGGUGGAAUUCAAUGCCUCGAGUGCAAAACAGGUAUGCUAAAAUGUAAAAUGUCCUUUUUAAAUGGAAGUGUUACCGUUGUAAAAGGGAGUCUUCCAAUGUUUCUGCCUAAAUUAACGACUGACCUUUUCAGUACUAACGGGUAACCCCACCAAAAUAGGCCAUUUCCGAGUUUCCCCGGGCCUCUGUUUCAAAACGAGGGUAGGUGCUCAGCCUUUGACAUGGAAAUCACUUUUCAUUCUCAUGCAAAUAAAACUCAUUUUUACAAGAAAGGUUGCGCACCUAGCCUCAUUUUGAAAGUGAGGGUUUUGGAACUCGGAAGUGGCAUAUUCAUUUUCUGUUUUCAAAAAAGUUCUCGUGUACACGUAUCGUUUUCAUUGUUUUCGCCUGUCCACAUGUAUUCGUUCUCAAACAGGAAUGGAUAUUGGCCUCAAAUUAUUCUCAAAGAUCUGUUCCUUUGAACUCAGUUGUUUGAUCAGAAAGUUUGUCUUAACAAGUAAUUCUUUCGCUUCCUGGUUUAAUAACUCAGAACCUCUGAUGCCUGUUAGGUCCUUUUACGCUUCGAUUUUCGGAUCUGGUAAAAGUAGCCGUACUAAUUUUGUCUUAAUAUGAAAAAAGGCCAGAACAUUUUACCUGAAUAAUAGAAAAAUUGAAUCGAGAUAUGCUCUAAAUCUUAAAAAAGGUAGGCCUCUUCACAGCCGUUCUUUUGGUCGCAAAGCUCAUUCCCGUAAAUGGGAGGAGCGUUGCGUGACGACACGGCUGCGUCGGAGGCUAUAAAUAAUGGUAACUGAACUGAGUGGAGUGCAAUUUGGUCUGAAAUCAUACGCGUGAUUUCAAAAUGCGCGCGAGUUCGAUUUGAAAUCACAAGUAUGAUUUCAGACCAAAACUGCACGACACGAAGUUCAAUUACCACUUUAUUACAUCCAUUUUGAAAUCGCAGAAUUUAGUCAGUACUAAUAUUUUAUUGAUCAAGUAGCCGGUUUGUUAAAAAGCCGAAACAAAAAGGCUUUUACAUCUCAUUUUGUAUUCGAAACAGAAAUGAUGCGAUAUAGAAAAGAAAUGGUGUGAUUUAAAACAGAAAUGAUGCGAUUUAGAACAUGAAUAAGGCGAUUUGGAAGAGGUGUGAUCUAGAGCAAAAAAUGGUGCGAUUUAGCAAUAAAUCACACUGCUGAGAGCCAAUCAGAUUGCGCGGAUAGCCAGUGAUUUCAACGUGGAUGUAAUAAAGAAGGCAACGUGGAUGUCAUCGUUUAAUAAUAAUUCAUUUUUACCCGUCCACACGAGCACAAGAAAAUGGGGUUUUCAAAAAUUUCCAUCUCUCUGAAAGCCUUUUCAAAAUUUUGUUUUCGGUAAUCGUUUUCAUUGUUUAUGUAGUCCUAACUGAAGGUCAAUACACCCAAAACUUUCUUUUUUGGGGAUUUAUGGACUGGGCCAUUGUCAGGGGACAAGGAAAAUGAAUCUAGACUGGAUCGAUUUUUAACAAUUCUAUGUCGAACAUGUCAUCACAAUUAUUGACAGAGGUCUCUUUAAGAAUGAUUGAUAUCGCGAGACCCAAUUGCCCUGUAGAAUUCUAAAACCUGGCAUAUUUUUUCAAGAACACAGCUUGUGACGAUGUACUGAUGUACACAGUUUAUGAUAUAUUAAGCUCUUUAUUUAGUUUGUUCCACUGAUUAAUUUCAUGAAUUAAUUUUAACUGUUGUGUUUCAGCUUAUGCGUCAGAUGAUUGACAGACUA